AUUUUGACAACUCCUAAUUUUUUAAUCUCGUCCAGAUUUAAAUGAAAAUAAAUUCUUGUCGACGUGGAUUUGUUCAAUUGAUUUGAACAACCACUUUUUUCAAUAAUUUUGUGUGAAAAUAAAUAAAAUAUGGCCAAGAAAACGAAAAUUAACGUUAAAGAAAGGUUUACCGAUGGAGAAAUCGAUUUGAGCAUGUCAGAUUUGGAUGAAGUUCCAGUGAGAGAAAUAGCAGCGUUAAAGAAAACAGUGAGUCUCGACUUGUCUAACAAUCGGCUCACUUAUUUACCUAGUAACUUUACUGUUUUGACAAGCCUUACUAAACUAGAUUUGAGUAAAAACGAAAUUACAGAGUUACCAGAAGAGUUUGGAACGCUCUCCAAGUUGAGGUACUUGGACUUGUACAAAAAUAAACUUGAAAGGCUACCUCUAAGUUUCAACCAACUGAUACACUUGAAAUUUUUGGAUUUGAAAGACAAUCCUUUAGUUCCCGUUUUAGCCAAGGUAGCCGGCCCUUGUGUAGAUACCAAAGGGUGCCAGCAAUGUGCUAGAGAUAUUGUAAAUUUCUAUAAAAAGUUACAAGAGGAAGUUGAUACCGAAGUAGAGAUGAGGAAUAAAGCUAGAGCCAAGCAACUGGAAUUAAAUAAGCAGAAAAAACAGGAUGAGAGAAAGAAAAAUAAAGUGGAAAAACAGAAAAACAAAAAGAAUAAUGUUGAGAAAGAGAUUAAAAACAAUCUUACCGAAAAACCACCCAAAAAGGAGCCGAAGAAGAAUAAAAAUGUCCAGAAAAGGAAGCACAAAGACAGAUCGUCCUCAUUUUCCUAUUUGUUUCUCUUUAUUUUCUUCUUAUUGUUGUGGGUACUCAUUUCCAUUGAGCAUCCAGUACUACAACCUUUAUCAAAUACAAUAAGUAAAUAUUUUAACACAACUGUUAAUAAAUUACCUAUUGAGUACAAAUCUUAUGGUGAAUUUUGUGGUAGUGCUGUAAAAUCAUCACAGGAACAUACAAAAAGAUUUGUACAAAAUACAGUGGAAUUUAUUCAUACAAAUCUAUUUUCUCAAGAUAUUGUAAACAAAAUUAAAGAAACUUACUUUAAGUUAUCACAAAAAAUAGCUGGCAAAUAGCAUUGACUAUUCAAAUAAAAGUUUUUUAAGCUUUUUA